CUCUAUCUUUAGCGCAGCGGUGGAUUACCCAGUGCGCACUGUGGACAGACCGAGCUCCGGUGCGACCUGUUCAGCUUAUCCGUGUCGCACGUCGAGCUGAAGCCCCCCCAACCCCUCACGUCAAACCAGUCGACAGAUAGAAACCACUCAAACCAGUGAACAGCGAUGGGGGAAUGACAACGAGCUCCGUGCCUGUCUGCGGUUCUCUGAGCCCGAGAAGAAGACCCCGAGGAUGCUGCUGCUCUCCAGCCCGAGGAGCGGACGCCUGCGCCGGGCCUCGCUGCUGCCGCUCGCGGCGGUGCUACUGUGUGUGGUCUCCGUCAGCUCUGGCCUCCCAGCUUCCCAAAAAUGCCCUCACCAUCUAGACUGUGCCAAGGAGGGACGCCACUUCUGCAAGCCGGGCUCCUCCCGCUGUGGCACCUGCCUCUCCCCGCUGCAGGAGAACGAGGAGGGAAGCUGUGUGGAGAAGAGGAGGCACCGUCAGCAUGUGACCUACUACCCGGACCUGGACGGAGAGAUUGUUUUCUUGAGUCUGUACUUGAAAAAACAGGAAGAGAAAGAGAUCAAAACUCCAAAGAAGCAAAUCAAAAACCUGUCAGAUGUUCAAAAGACAGAUGCCUCCAAUCAGGAGCAGAAAAAUCAGGCGCCUAAUGGAAGAGCGCAUGCUGUCACCGCUGCCCAGGCUCCGCCCUCUCUGACCCACCGACCCCCCAGCCCCCGAGUCACUGGAGCCCGAGGCCCGAGCGGUUCCCUCGUUGGUCCAGCACCCAAGAAUGACAUGUUCUCGUCAUGUCCUUGUUGCAUCGUGGCAGUGAUCCUGGCAACUGCCUGCUACAUCAAGACAGAGAAAGAAGCGCGUCUUGUAGAGAAGGUCGACUACCCUGCUUUCAGUGGGCCCAGCGCACCCCCCCGCCCCCGAACCGGCCACAGGUUCCUCGAUAAGACUCUGGCCCAAAAUGCUCAAAUGUAUCACUACCAACACCAGAAGCAGCAGAUGCUUUCGAUGGGAACUCACAAACCUGAACCGAAGGUCUUUGACAACGAGGUCACGUCGGACGAGGAAGAGGUGGGAGGAGACUUCACAGUAUACGAGUGUCCUGGACUUGCACCGACCGGAGAAAUGGAAGUGAAGAACCCUCUGUUUGAUGAAUCCACUCCUCAUUACCAGGGAGUCCCCAGUGAAUGCUGAAGACUGAACACACACACAUUCACUAUGUAACCACACACACACACACACACAUGCAGGCAUUAUAGCCAUUUCUCUGUAAGACACCACUGAUCCAGCAGAGGAUGGGGUUUAUAAAAAUGAUUAUUUCCCUGUAGGCCUUCUAACUAUAAUCUACCCCUACUCUAGCUUUUAAUACAAAUGUACACUGGGUUCCUUUUUAAUUUAUUUCUGACUCUGUUUCCUGUCUUUUAAAUUAUAUGCUCCCCCCCACCCCCCC